AAAAAACAAGUGUAAUUUCAAGCCCCAAAAGCCGCGAAAGAUCAAGAGCCCAUUCCAAGACGGGCGACGAUGGACCAAUACGACCACAUCCGGGUCAUCGGGAAGGGCAGCUUCGGCGUCGUGAGCAAGAUCCGGCGCCAGACCGACGGCAAGGAGCUCGUGUGGAAGGAGGUCGGCUAUGGCCAAAUGACCGAGAAGGAGAAGCAGCUCAUCGUGAGCGAGGUCAACAUCCUGCGCGAGCUGCGCCACCCGCACAUCGUGCGCUACCUUGACCGCGUCAUUGACAAGCAGUCGUCCAAGAUCUUCAUCGUCAUGGAGUACUGUGAGGGCGGCGACUUGAGCCAGCUCAUCAAGCGCAAGCGCCGCGAAGGGUCGACCAUCGAAGAAGCCUUCAUUUGGCAGGUGUUUACGCAGCUCUAUAUGGCCUUGAAGGAGUGCCACCGGCAUCGCGAAGGCAGUACUGUCCGGCCAAUCCUGCACCGCGACAUCAAGCCUGGCAAUAUAUUUCUCGACGCUCAGAGCAACGCCAAGCUUGGCGACUUUGGCCUCGCCAAGGAGCUCAGCAGCGAGUCCAAGUUUGCGCAGACCAACGUCGGAACGCCGUACUAUAUGAGUCCGGAAAUGGUCAACGAGAUGACGUACGACGAGCGGUCCGACAUUUGGGCCCUGGGUUGCUUGCUCUACGAAAUGGCGGCGCUUGCACCACCCUUUGAUGCGACCAACCAACUCGCCUUGGCCAAGAAGAUCAACGCCGGCAAGUUCGCCCGCAUCCCCGACGCGUACUCGGAAGACCUGUUUCAAGCCAUCAAAUGGAUGCUGCACCGCCAGCGGUCACGCCGGCCACGGAUCGAAGACCUCGAACGGAUCCCACAACUGGCGCGUCGUCUGCAGACGUACUCCAUGUCCCUGGCCGAAGCGUCGCUUCACGAAACGUACACGGCCAAAAUGAAGGAGCUUCUUGCGAUCGAAGAGGAAUUGCGCCGGCAAGAAGCCGUGCUUCUCGUCCGCGAGAGUCAAAUCAAAGAGGCUGAAGACGACUUGCGACGACGAGAACUGGACGUCAAGAAGCGCGAGCGCCUGUACCCAUGUAUAGCGCCGUGUCCAUCGUGCUCACCGCAUCCUAGGGUCGAAACACUCUCUCGAACGUACUCGAACUCGUCGCCCAACAACUCGUCGUGCCACUCUGGCAGCUCCGACCACAGCCCCGUGUGCAGUCAUUGCGGGUCGUCUUCGUCGUACAGCGGCAACAACAACGACGUCCAUCUAAGUCUCCCGACGCCGCCGCGGAAAAGCCGGUCGUACGAGUCGGCGUCGCUCAAGGGCACGCCAAGCCGACACUUCCGCUUCGACGAGUACUCGCCGACCAAGUACACGCCGCCGCCGACGUCCCGCUACUACCCUUCGAUCGAGUCGCCCGUGAAAAAGUCCCAUCACGCUCUGGACCGAUAUUACCAGCAGGCGUAGUCGUCGCCAGCGAUAGUCGUAGCUCUUAGUCGUCGUCGUCGUAACCCGUUAGGCUCACCUUCUUUCAAUUCUUUCUCU